AUGGAGGAGGCAGGCAUACCAGGUGCUAUAUUGGGUACGUUGAAAUACUGGUACAGAUCUCAGACCAAUGUGGUAAAAUGGGGCAAUGCUGGCUUAUCUAAGGAGUAUACGCUUAAAUGUGGCGUGAGACAGGGAGGUCUAACAUCCCCGUUGUUGUUUAACCUUUACAUAAAUGGACUGAUUGAGGAGCUCAGCAGAUCGGGCGUCGGCUGUCACAUGUGCAACGAACCAGUUAAUAACUUAAGCUACGCUGAUGACAUGGUCCUGCUGAGCCCCUCAGUCGAAGGCCUACGUAAACUAUUAUCCAUAUGCGAAAAAUAUUCUGUAAGACACGGACUAACUUACAAUGUUAAAAAAUCAGAAGUCAUGAUUUUUAGACACGACAGAUCAUCUUGUUAUAAUCCAGUAAUAACCCUUGGCGGCUCUCCGUUAAAAGUGGUAUCGAAUUUCAAAUACCUAGGUCAUAUACUAAAAGACAACCUAAAAGAUGAUGACGACAUGGAAAGGCAAAAAAGGUCCAUUGCUGCAAAGGCCAACAUGCUGGCGCGCAGAUUCUCUCGGUGUAGUAAAUCGGCAAGGAUCACCCUGUUCGUUGCGUACUGUCAGGCGUUCUACACCUGCUCCCUAUGGAAAAAUUACACUCAGCGGACAUACCACGCGCUACGCGUGCAGUACAAUAAUGCGUUCAGAGCUAUGCUUAACCUGCCGUGGAGGUGUAGUGCGUCUGGCAUGUUCGCCGAGAACAGGGUAGAUGACUUUUAUGCAGUGAUGAGGAAACGGGCUGCCUCCUUCAUGAACCGUAUACGGGCUUCUAAAAAUAUUAUUAUCCGGGGUGUGUAUGAUUGCUGCAAAUUUGAUAUUUGUGAUAUCUGA